GUUUAUGACGAUAUCUCAUUACUUUUAUAUGGGUCCUAGAUCUCUCAACUCCCGCAAGUUAUCAAUCUUGACUCACCCCCUCCCUUCUCUCUCAACAAGACUUGACUUGCUGCUACUUGGCUCUCUAGUUUCUUCUUCUGGAAAAUUGUUCAGAUAACAUGAGAGACUGUUGAAUCAACUUAAUAGCAGAUAAGUACAAGAGUCUACGACUAGAUAGAUUGUCGGGGGAGUAAUGUGUUUGUAGCAGAUAGUUUGAUUUGGAACUACAAAAGUGACUAAAGAUGGCUUUUAAACCAUUUGAUUGGUAUUGUCAGCCAGUGGCGGAUGGGGUGUGGGCAAAGUCAGUGGAGAAUGCAUUUGGAAUAUAUACGCCUUGUGUAGACUCUCUCGUGAUCUUUUUUUCUUAUGUAAUUGUUGUGGGUCUGUGCUUGUAUCGGAUAUGGCGAAUCAAGAAAGAUUUUAAAGUUAAAAGGUUUCAACUGAGGUCGAAUUACUAUAACUAUGUGUUGGGAAUUUUGGCCGCUUACUGCACUGCUGAACCCUUGUUUCGAUUGGUCAUGGGUGUAUCUGCAGUAAAUCUAGAUGGACAGAAUGGUCUUUCCCCAUUUGAGAUUGCCACCUUAAUUAUCAAGGCACUUGCCUGGUGUUCUAUGCUCAUCAUGCUUGUUGUUGAAACCAAAGUGUACAUCCUAGAGGGUCGUUGGUUUGUGAGGUUUGGAGUCAUUUAUGCUUUGCUGGGGGACACUAUACUGCUAAAUCUAAUUUGGUCAGUUAAGGACUUUUAUGAGCGAUCUGUCCUGUAUCUUUACAUCAGUGAGGUCUUCAUCCAGGUUUUGUUGGGAGUAAUGUUGCUUGUAUAUCUUCCUGGUUUGGAUCCUUACCUUGACUACGUUCCUGUGCAAACUGAGUCUGAGGAUAACAGUGAAUAUGAAAAACUACCCGGCGAUAGAGAAGAUAUUUGUCCAGAGAGACAUGUCAACAUAUUAUCUAAUAUUCUAUUUAGCUGGAUGAACCCCCUUAUGGAAUUGGGCUACAAAAGACCUCUCACCGAGAAGGAUAUUUGGAAGCUGGAUACAUGGGACCAGACUGAAACUCUGAAUAAUAAAUUCCAAAGUUGUUGGGCUAAGGAGUCUCGCAAACCUAAACCAUGGCUUUUAAGAGCAUUAAAUAGUAGUUUGGGGGGAAGAUUCUGGUGGGGAGGAUUCUGGAAGAUCGGUAAUGAUCUUUCCCAGUUUGUUGGUCCAAUGAUUUUAAACAAGCUCUUAGAGUCUAUGCAACGAGGGGAUCCAGCAUGGAUUGGUUACAUCUAUGCCUUCUUAAUAUUUGUUGGUGUGGUGUUUGGAGUGUUGGUUGAAGCUCAAUAUUUUCAGAAUGUCAUGCGUGUUGGCUACCGCCUUAGAUCAACUCUGAUUGCUGCAGUAUUCAGAAAGUCACUAAAACUAACACAUGAAAGUCGCAGAAAGUUCCCAUCUGGAAAAGUCACAAACUUGAUGACAACUGAUGCUGAAUCGCUACAGCAAGUUUGUCAGUCGCUUCACGCUCUGUGGUCUGCUCCUUUCCGUAUCACCAUUGCUCUUGUUCUUCUCUACCAACAGCUUGGUGUUGCUUCACUUCUUGGUGCACUGCUUCUAGUCCUUAUGUUUCCCAUACAGACAUAUGUCAUAAGCAAAAUGCAGAAAUUGACCAAGGAAGGACUGCUUCGUACUGACAAGAGAAUCGGCCUCAUGAAUGAAAUUCUGGCUGCCAUGGACACUGUGAAAUGUUAUGCGUGGGAAAGUAGCUUUCAAUCUAAAGUUCAAAAUGUUCGCAGUGAAGAGCUGUCAUGGUUUUGGAAAGCACAACUACUUGGGGCGUGCAACAUGUUUAUCCUUAACAGUAUUCCUGUCAUUGUGAUUGUGGUGUCAUUUGGACUGUUUUCUCUACUUGGAGGAGAUUUAACACCUGCAAAAGCAUUUACAUCACUUUCAUUGUUUGCAGUCCUGCGUUUCCCGUUAUUUAUGCUUCCAAAUAUAAUUACACAGGCUGUAAAUGCAAAUGUCUCUUUGAAGCGACUGGAGGAACUUCUCUUGGCAGAGGAAAGAAUUCUUCUGCCAAACCCACCUCUUGAACCAGGACUUCCUGCAGUCUCAAUCAAGAACGGUUCAUUUUCUUGGGAGUCAAAGGCAGAGCAGGUCACAUUGUCAAAUAUUAAUUUGGAUAUACCACAAGGUAGUCUUGUCGCAAUUGUUGGUAGCACUGGAGAAGGAAAAACAUCACUUGUAUCAGCGAUGCUCGGAGAACUUCCAGCAGUUGGAGAUACGGAAGUUGUCAUUAGAGGAACAGUUGCGUAUGUUCCCCAAGUAUCAUGGAUAUUCAAUGCAACAGUACGACAGAACAUAUUGUUUGGAUCUGCAUUCGACCCUGCAAGGUAUUCAAAGGCAAUAGAUGUGACUGCAUUGCAGCAUGAUCUUGACUUGCUUCCUGGGAGUGAUCUUACUGAGAUUGGCGAAAGAGGGGUUAAUAUUAGUGGUGGGCAAAAGCAACGAGUAUCCAUGGCUAGGGCUGUAUACUCCAAUUCAGAUGUUUUUAUAUUUGAUGACCCUUUAAGUGCUCUAGAUGCUCAUGUGGCUCGACAGGUUUUUGAAAAAUGUAUCAAGGAAGAAUUGAGAGGGAAAACAAGAGUUUUGGUCACAAACCAACUACAUUUUCUUUCACAAGUAGACAGAGUUAUUCUUGUGCAUGAAGGCAUGGUGAAAGAAGAGGGAACUUUUGAGGACCUGUCAAACAAUGGUCAGUUGUUCCAAAAGCUAAUGGAAAAUGCAGGGAAGUUGGAAGAAUACGUGGAAGAUAAUGAAGAUGGUUUGAACAAUGAUAGUACAAUUUCAAAACCUAUUUUAAAUGGUGAAACAGAAGAGGUUCCUAAGGAUGCAGGCCAGACAAAGAAAAAUGAAGAAAAAUCUAUACUUAUCAAACAAGAGGAACGGGAAACAGGCGUAGUCAGUUGGAAAGUUUUGGAUAGGUAUAAAAAUGCAUUAGGAGGAUGGUGGGUAGUUAUGAUACUCUUCUCGUGCUAUGUCCUAACAGAACUUUUGCGAGUUCUGAGUAGCACAUGGUUGAGUGUUUGGACAGAUGGAAGUAGCCCAAAGAGAUACGGACCUGGCUUCUACAAUUUGAUUUAUGCGCUUCUGUCGCUUGGUCAAGUUCUGGUGACAUUGGCAAAUUCAUAUUGGUUGAUCUUAUCAAGCCUUUAUGCAUCUCGUAAAUUGCAUGAAGCAAUGCUCAAUUCUAUUCUAAGAGCGCCAAUGGUCUUUUUCCAUACCAAUCCACUUGGACGUAUUAUCAAUAGGUUUGCGAAGGAUCUCGGUGAUAUUGAUCGGAAUGUUGGGCCUUUUGUGAAUAUGUUUUUGGGCCAAGUGUCCCAGCUAAUUUCAACUUUUGUGUUAAUUGGGAUACUAAGCACAAUGUCUCUGUGGGCUAUAUUGCCACUUCUACUCUUGUUCUAUGGAGCCUAUUUAUAUUUUCAGAGCACGGCGCGUGAAGUGAAGCGUUUAGAUUCUAUUACUAGAUCUCCCGUCUAUGCGCAGUUUGGAGAGGCAUUAAAUGGCCUGUCAUCUAUUCGUGCAUAUAAAGCUUAUGAUCGGAUGGCCAACAUUAAUGCAGACUCCAUGGACAAUAACAUUAGGUUUACUCUUGUGAACAUGAGUGGAAAUCGUUGGCUGGCCAUCCGGUUGGAAACAUUGGGGGGAGUUAUGAUUUGGCUUACGGCAACAUUUGCUGUUGUGCAGAACGGAAGGGCAGAAAACCAGGAGGCUUUUGCCUCUACAAUGGGUUUGCUUCUCAGUUAUGCAUUAAAUAUUACAAGUUUAUUGACUGCUGUAUUGAGACUUGCAAGUUUAGCUGAGAAUAGUUUAAAUGCUGUUGAGCGUGUUGGCACCUAUAUAGAGCUGCCUCCAGAGGGUCCAUCUAUUAUUGAUAGCAACCGUCCUCCUCCCGGAUGGCCUACCUCAGGAUCAAUCAAAUUUGAGGAUGUUGUCCUACGUUAUAGACCGGAACUUCCUCCAGUCUUGCAUGGAUUAUCCUUUUCAAUUUCUCCAACUGACAAGGUUGGGAUAGUAGGAAGGACUGGUGCAGGAAAAUCCAGCAUGCUUAAUGCUUUAUUUCGAAUUGUGGAACUGGAAAAGGGGAGAAUUUUAAUUGAUGACUGUGAUGUUUCGAAAUUCGGACUGACAGAUCUUCGUAAGGUUCUUGGUAUUAUACCACAGGCGCCAGUUCUUUUUUCAGGAACCGUGAGAUUCAAUCUUGAUCCCUUUGAUGAACACAAUGAUGCUGAUCUAUGGGAAUCAUUGGAGAGGGCACAUCUGAAGGAUGUCAUCAGGAGGAAUGCUUUGGGGCUGGACGCAGAGGUUUCAGAGGCAGGAGAAAAUUUCAGUGUUGGGCAGAGACAACUACUAAGUCUUGCUCGAGCAUUGCUUCGCAGAUCAAAGAUUCUUGUUCUCGAUGAAGCAACAGCUGCUGUUGAUGUUAGAACGGACGCACUUAUCCAAAAAACUAUUCGUGAAGAAUUCAAAUACUGCACGAUGCUCAUCAUUGCUCAUCGACUCAAUACAAUUAUUGACUGCGACAAAAUUCUUUUGCUAGAUGCGGGUCAGGUCCUGGAGUAUAAUACUCCCGAGGAAUUGCUUCUAAACGAACGAAGCUCUUUCUCUAAGAUGGUCGAAAGUACAGGCGCCGCAAAUGCUCAGUACUUGCGUAGUUUAGUACACAGCGGGGAAAGCGAGAGCAAAACGAGUACACAUGAAACUAAGCAACUAGAUGGACAAAGAAAAUGGCUAGCUUCAUCACGCUGGGCUGCUGCAGCACAGUUUGCUCUAGCUGUCAGCCUCACAUCAUCACAGAAUGACCUCAUACAGUUGGAACAUCUAGAAAAUGAUAACAAUAUUCUCAAGAAAACAAAGGAUGCAGUUAUAACUCUUCAAGGAGUUCUCGAAGGGAGGCAUAACAAAGUUAUUGAAGAGACUCUUGAUCAGUAUGAAGUCCCUAGAGAUGGAUGGUGGUCAGCUCUCUACAGGAUGGUUGAAGGCCUUUCAAUGAUGAGUAGGAUAGGUCGAAACAGGCUUCAACAUUCAGGAGAAGGUUUUGUAGAUGCCACAAUCGAUUGGGAUCAGAUCGAGAUGUAGUAGCGCAAUCUCUGUCUGUCAACUGAAGAUUCAAAUCUUCCGAUAUGCAAAAAACUAAUACUUCUUUUAAGAUAGUAAUGCAGUUGUAAUUUUGAGGGUGCUCAAUCAAAGGUGGCCUGCUUAUAUUUGGAGCUCAUCAUGCAAAUUCCUCUAAUGACAAACAGAUUUGAGGAAUGUAUACUACAGGUUAUAUAUAUUUAUCUUGUGCUGUUGGUUAAACUUGACUAACAGGACAGUUUUGCGUAGUGUCAGAUAUUUAAAGUUAGUAAAGCAUUUUCUGUAUACGAGACUUUUCCACUUGUGUGAUUUUGAUUAGUUUUUUCAAUACAUUUGUCUUGCCAA